UCGUUUCCGGGGAAGCGACCCCACACCAAGGGAGAGCAAGCAGCCAGUGCGGUGCCCCAGGCUGCCCGGCGGCCUGCCCACUCCCGUGUGGUCAUCCCCUGGGUGUGGCUCGCAGCAGAGCCGCUGCCCUAAAUGGGCUGGUCGCAGCCUGCGUUCCAGCUCCUUCCCCCAGAAGUCUCCAGGCAGCCAGGGUCCCUGGCAGCUGCUGGGCUGCAGUGACCAGGAGGGGCCAGCCAGCUCUGAGCAGCCCCUUCCGGCUGACUUCAGGACCCAGUGGUCAGUCAGGUUCCCCAGGCCUCUUCCAAGUGGCUGUGGGCCCUGCCGGGAGAAUUGACGCCCAAACACACUCAGCCUUUGCACCGCCCUGUCUGCCUGUCCUGGGUCAUUCCGACCUGUUCCUGGCUGCUGGAGAAUGUGUUUACCGGGCAGCCCAAGAUCUAUUCCUACAUGAGCCCGAACAAAUGCUCCGGAAUGCGUUCCCCCCUUCAGGAAGAGAACUCGGUUGCUCAUUACGAAGUCAGAUGCCCAGGGAAGCCGGUAGCUGGGAUCUACAGGAAGCGAGAAGAGAAAAGAACUGGAGGCAACGCCCUGCGGAGCUCAGCAAAGGCUGAGGAACACAAGAUCAAAGAUGCCAGGAGAGGCCCCCUGGCCCCUUUUCCAAACCAAAAACCUGAAGCCGCAGAACCUCCAAAAACCCCGCCCUCGUCCUGCGAGCCUCCCAGCUUGACUGGCACCACGCAGACCAUGAAGAAGCCCCCGAGGGGCAGCAGACAGGCCCUCCGGAAAAAAAUUCCAGGGAAAACGCAGCAGAAUCGCAAGCUCACAGAUUUCUACCCAGUCCGCCGGAGCUCCAGGAAGAGCAAGGCCGAGCUGCAGUCUGAAGAGAGGAAGAGGCUGGAUGAAUUGAUCGAGAGUGGGAAAGAAGAAGGGAUGAAGAUUGACCUCAUCGACGGCAAAGGCAGGGGCGUGAUCGCCACCAAGCAGUUCUCCCGGGGCGACUUUGUGGUGGAAUACCACGGGGACCUCAUCGAGAUCACGGACGCCAAGAAGCGGGAGGCUCUGUACGCCCAGGACCCGUCCACGGGCUGCUACAUGUACUACUUCCAGUAUCUCAGCAAAACCUACUGCGUGGAUGCCACACGCGAGACCAAUCGCCUGGGGCGACUGAUCAACCACAGCAAGUGUGGGAACUGCCAGACUAAGCUGCAUGACAUCGCCGGCGUGCCCCACCUCAUCCUCGUUGCGGCGCGGGACAUUGCGGCUGGGGAGGAGCUCCUGUAUGACUACGGGGACCGCAGCAAGGCCUCCAUCGAAGCCUACCCCUGGCUGAAGCACUAA